GAAUUCCAAGCCACAAUGUGCAACAUAUCGGCCUACAUAAAACACUGUGGAGGCCAGCACGAGGCAGCCCUGGGAUGCUUACGACAGGCUGAAGAGUUCAUCCAGCGAGAGCACGCUGGCCAGGAAGAGAUCAGAAGUCUGGUCACCUGGGGAAACUAUGCCUGGGUCUACUACCACCUGGGCAGACUGUCAGAAGCUCAGGUUUAUGUAGACAAGGUGAAACAAGUAUGCCAGAAGUUUUCCAGCCCCUACAGAAUUGAGAGUCCUGAGAUGGAUUGUGAGGAAGGGUGGACACGGUUAAGGUGUGGAGGAAACCAAAAUGAAAGGGCCAAGGUGUGUUUUGAGAUGGCUCUGGAAAGGAAACCCAAGAACCCAGAAUUCUCCUCUGGACUGGCCAUCGCAAGCUACCGUCUGGAUAACUGGCCACUGUCUCAGAACCCCGUUGACCUGAGGCAAGCCAUUCAGCUGACUGACAACCAGUAUGUCAAAGUCCUCCUGGCCCUGAAACUUCAGAAGAUUAAUAAAGAAGGUGAAGGAGAGAGGUUAGUCAAAGAAGCUUUGGAGAAAGCCCCAUUGGCAACAGAUGUGCUUCGUGGGGCAGCAAAGCUGUACCGAAGAAAAGGUGACCUGCACCAAGCUAUAGAACUCCUGAGAAAGGCUCUAAAAUGCAUGCCAAACAACACCUACCUGCAUUGCCACAUUGGGUGCCACUAUAGGGCCAAAGUCCUUGAAAUACAGAAAAUGGGUGGGAAAAGACAGAGGUUACAGGAACUAAUAGAACACGCUCUAGAUCAUUUAAAGAGAGCUGAUGAGAGCAAUGGAAAUUUCUUCCAUAUCUGCUCCUAUCUCGCCUGCCUCUCUUCACAAGUCAGUCGGUAUGAAGAAGCAGAGUAUUACUUUCAAAAAGAAUUCAGCAAAGAGCUUCCUCCUGCAGCCAAACAAGUGCUCCAUCUGCGAUAUGGCAACUUUCAGCUGUAUCAAAUGAAGUGUGAAGACAAGGCCAUCCACCAUUUUAUGACGGGUGUGGAAAUAAACCAGGAGUCAAAGGAGAGAGAAAAAAUGGAAAACAGACUGCAAAAAUCCAAAAUCAAGCUCUCAAAAAAUGGAGCAGAUCCUAAGGCUUUGCAUCUCUUGGUGCUUCUUCAGGAACUGAAUGGAGAAAUGCAGCCAGCAGAGAAAAACUCUGAGAGGGGUUUGGACUCUGGAAACCUCAUCCCUUUAGCAACUUUAGCUGAGGAAUAA